AUGUCCGGACAUCCGCAGGGAGGCCACUACGACGACGGCUACGGCCACAGUCAGGGCCAGGCCCAGCCCCAGGGCCAGGACUCGUACUAUCACGACGACCAGCAAUACGGCCAGUACCACGACGAUGCCCGUGGGCAACAGGGUCACUACCAGCAGAACGGCAACGACGCCUACUAUGACGAACAAGCCUACUACGACGGCCAGCAGGGCGGCCACUAUCAACAGAACGGCGGAUACUAUGAUGACCACCAAGGUCAGCAACAGGGUUACCAAGACGAAUACUACAACGACCAGUAUUACGACCAAGGUGGCGCCCAGGAUGGAUAUGCACAGAACGCCCAGGGCGGCCAGCCCAGACGUCGCCAGCACGACUCCGAGGAGGAUUCUGAGACCUUCAGCGACUUCACAAUGAGGUCUGACAUGGCUCGCGCGACCGAUAUGGACUACUACGGUCGUGGUGAUGAAAGGUACAACAGCUACGGUGGCGAUGGCAACCGCGGAUACCGCCCUCCUUCGUCACAGGUUUCGUAUGGUGGCAACCGCUCAUCUGGUGCAUCGACGCCCAUCUACGGCAUGGACUACUCGAACGCUCUGCCUGCCGGUCAGCGUUCGCGUGAGCCCUACCCUGCCUGGACCACCGAGGCCCAGAUUCCCUGCACAAAGGAGGAGAUCGAGGACAUUUUCCUUGACCUCACUGCCAAGUUCGGAUUCCAGCGUGACAGCAUGAGGAACAUGUACGACCAUUUCAUGACUCUGCUCGACUCGCGUGCAUCUCGCAUGUCGCCCAACCAGGCUCUUCUGUCUCUGCACGCCGACUACAUCGGUGGAGAGAACGCCAACUUCCGCCGGUGGUACUUUGCUGCUCACCUCGAUCUCGACGACGCUGUCGGUUUCGCCAACAUGAACCUUGGAAAGGCCAACCGUAGGACGCGUAAGGCCCGCAAGGCGGCGAAGAAGAAGGCUGGCGAGAACCCCGGCAACGAGGCUGAGACUCUCGAGGCAUACGAGGGUGACAACAGUCUGGAGGCUGCGGAGUACCGCUGGAAGACAAGGAUGAACCGCAUGUCGCAGCACGACCGUGUUCGCCAGGUCGCUCUCUACCUGCUCUGCUGGGGUGAAGCCAACCAGGUCCGUUUCAUGCCUGAGUUGCUCUGCUUCAUCUUCAAGUGCGCGGACGACUACCUCAACUCCCCUGCUGGGCAAGCCCAAACCGAGCCCAUCGAGGAGUUCACAUACCUGAAUGACAUUGUCACACCUUUAUACCAGUACUGCCGGGAUCAGGGUUACGAGAUUCAAGAUGGCAAGUACGUCCGCCGCGAGCGCGACCAUGCUGCUAUCAUUGGAUACGACGACAUCAACCAGCUUUUCUGGUACCCUGAAGGUCUUGAGCGCAUUGUCUUCGAGGACAAGUCCCGCAUCGUCGAUCUCCCUCCCGCUGAUCGCUAUGCAAAGCUCAAGGACGUCGUAUGGAAGAAGGUCUUCUUCAAGACAUACUACGAGCGACGUUCUUGGUUCCACAUGCUGGUCAACUUCAACCGCAUCUGGGUUAUCCACUUGUCAGCUUUCUGGUUCUACACUGUCUACAACUCGCAACCUGUCUACACCAAGAAUUACCAGCAGCAGAUUGAUAACCGACCGAACAAGGCCGCCACCAUGUCCGCUGUCGCACUCGGUGGAGCUAUCGCCUCUUUGAUCCAGAUUCUGGCUACGUGCGUUGAGUGGGCUUACGUUCCUCGCAGAUGGGCUGGUGCCCAGCACUUGACCAAGCGUCUUCUGUUCCUCAUCCUGGUCUUCGCAGUGAACGUUGGUCCCAGUGUCUACAUAUUCGCUAUCAGCCAAACAGGAUUGAUUGCCAAUGUCUUGGGCGGUGUCCAACUGACCAUUGCUUUCAUUACCUACAUCUUCUUCUCGGUCAUGCCUCUCGGUGGUCUCUUUGGAAGCUACCUCACCCGCAACUCGCGCAAGUACGUUGCCAGUCAGACCUUCACGGCCAGCUACCCUCGUCUCAAGGGCAACGACAUGUGGAUGUCUUACGGUCUCUGGGUUCUCGUCUUUGCUGCGAAGCUCGCUGAGUCUUACUUCUUCUUGACUCUGUCGAUCAAAGAUCCCAUCCGUAUCUUGUCGCACAUGAAGAAGCCUGACUGUCUGGGUGAUGCUAUCUUCAAAGACAUUCUCUGCAAGUACCAGCCUAGGAUCUUGCUUGGUCUGAUGUACUUCAUGGAUCUGGUUCUCUUCUUCUUGGAUUCCUAUCUGUGGUACAUCAUCGCCAACAUGUUGUUCUCCGUCUCCCGAUCGUUCUACCUCGGUGUCUCCAUCUGGACUCCAUGGAGGAACAUCUUCUCUCGUCUGCCGAAGCGUAUCUACUCAAAGAUCCUCGCCACCACGGACAUGGAGAUCAAGUACAAGCCCAAGGUUCUCAUUUCCCAGAUCUGGAACGCUGUUGUCAUCUCCAUGUAUCGCGAGCAUCUCCUUGCUAUCGACCACGUCCAGAAGCUUUUGUACCACCAGGUCCCUUCUGAGCAGGAGGGCAAGCGCACUCUCCGUGCCCCUACCUUCUUCGUCUCUCAGGAAGACCACUCGUUCAAGACCGAAUUCUUCCCUGCUCAGAGUGAGGCUGAGCGUCGUAUUUCUUUCUUCGCUCAGUCUCUGUCUACGCCCAUUCCUGAGCCUCUGCCCGUCGACAACAUGCCCACUUUCACCGUUAUGAUUCCUCACUACGGAGAGAAGAUCCUUCUUUCGCUCCGUGAGAUCAUUCGUGAAGAUGAGCCAUACUCCCGUGUCACCCUUCUAGAGUAUCUCAAGCAGCUUCACCCUCACGAGUGGGAUUGCUUCGUCAAGGACACCAAGAUCCUCGCAGAUGAGACUUCGCAGUUCAACGGAGAUGAUGAGAAGAACGAGAAGGAUACCGCUAAGAGCAAGAUUGACGAUCUUCCCUUCUACUGCAUUGGUUUCAAGUCCGCCGCUCCCGAGUACACUCUCCGAACCCGUAUUUGGGCCUCGCUUCGUUCUCAGACUUUGUACCGCACUAUCUCUGGUUUCAUGAACUACAGCCGUGCGAUCAAGCUCUUGUACCGUGUUGAGAACCCCGAGGUUGUGCAGAUGUUUGGUGGUAACUCCGACAAGCUUGAGCGUGAGCUCGAGCGCAUGGCCAGGCGCAAGUACAAGAUCUGUGUUUCUAUGCAGCGAUACGCCAAGUUCACCAAGGAAGAGCGCGAGAACACCGAGUUCCUGCUCCGUGCCUACCCCGAUCUCCAGAUUGCCUACCUGGACGAGGAGCCGCCUGUUAAUGAGGGUGACGAGCCCCGUAUCUACUCCGCUUUGAUCGACGGCCACUCCGAGAUUAUGGACAAUGGCUUGCGCCGACCCAAGUUCCGCGUUCAGCUUUCCGGCAAUCCCAUUCUUGGUGACGGCAAGUCUGACAACCAGAAUCACGCUAUCAUCUUCUACCGUGGUGAAUACAUCCAGCUUAUCGAUGCCAACCAGGACAAUUACCUCGAGGAGUGCUUGAAGAUCCGCAGCGUUCUCGCUGAAUUCGAAGAGAUGACCACCGACAACGUUUCUCCCUACACUCCCGGCAUUCCCAACUCAAACUUCAACCCUGUUGCCAUUCUCGGAGCUCGUGAAUACAUUUUCUCUGAGAACAUCGGUAUUCUUGGUGACAUCGCUGCUGGAAAGGAACAGACAUUCGGUACUAUGUUCGCCCGUACCCUGGCUCAGAUCGGUGGUAAGCUCCAUUACGGUCAUCCUGAUUUCCUCAACGGUAUCUUCAUGACAACGCGUGGUGGUGUCUCCAAGGCUCAGAAGGGUCUCCAUCUCAACGAAGAUAUCUACGCUGGUAUGAACGCUCUCCUCCGUGGUGGUCGCAUAAAGCACUGCGAGUACUACCAAUGUGGUAAGGGUCGUGAUUUGGGCUUCGGUUCCGUCCUCAACUUCACCACCAAGAUCGGUACUGGUAUGGGUGAGCAGAUGUUGUCUCGCGAGUACUACUACAUGGGUACCCAGCUGCCUCUCGACCGUUUCCUGUCCUUCUACUACGCCCAUCCCGGUUUCCACAUCAACAACAUGUUCAUUAUGUUGUCGGUGCAGUGCUUCAUGUUCGUCCUCCUGCACUUGGGAGCACUCAACCACGAGACCAUCCUCUGCCAGUUCAACAAGGACCUUCCGAUCACCGACCCGCAGUGGCCUAACGGCUGUGCCAACUUGGUUCCCGUCUUCGACUGGGUUGCCCGUUGUAUCAUGUCCAUCUUCAUCGUCUUCUUCAUCGCUUUCGUACCUCUUGUCGUCCAAGAGCUUACUGAGCGUGGUUUCUGGCGCGCUGCUACCCGUCUGGCCAAGCACUUCUCUUCUGGAUCACCUUUCUUCGAGGUUUUCGUCACCCAGAUCUACGCCAACUCGCUCCAGACCAACUUGUCCUACGGUGGUGCUCGUUACAUUGGUACUGGCCGUGGUUUCGCCACUGCUCGCAUCCCCUUCGGUAUCCUCUACUCUCGUUUUGCUGGACCUUCCAUCUACCUGGGUGCUCGUGCCCUAAUGAUGCUUGUCUUCGCUACAAUCACCGUUUGGGGUCCAUGGCUCAUAUACUUCUGGGCGUCCCUGUUGUCUCUCUGCCUUGCGCCAUUCCUCUUCAACCCCCACCAGUUCUCUUGGGACGACUUCUUCAUUGACUACAGGGAAUACCUCCGCUGGCUGUCUCGUGGAAACACCCGUUCUCACAGCGCCUCUUGGAUCGGUUACUGCCGUCUGUCCCGAACGCGUAUCACUGGUUACAAGCGCAAGAUUCUUGGAGACCCAUCCUCGAAGCUUUCUGGAGACGUACCUCGUGCGGCCUUCAGCAACAUCUUCAUGGCUGAGGUCCUUGGUCCUCUGGUCUUGGUCGCCGUCACCGUCAUCCCGUACCUUUUCAUAAACGCUCAGACUGGUGUACCCAACCGCCAAACCGAGUUGGACUCCGAAACCAAGAGCUCGGGAGACGACCCCAAGGCUGCCGGUGCUUUGGUCCGUGUCGCGGUCAUUGCUUUCGGUCCCAUCGCCGUCAACGCUGGUGUUCUCGGUGGUCUCUUCGCCUUGGCUUGUUGCGCGGGUCCUCUUCUCAGCAUGUGCUGCAAGAAGUUCGGUGCUGUCCUUGCCGCUAUUGCUCACGCCAUUGCCGUCAUCAUGCUCCUCGUCUUCUUUGUCGUCAUGAUGUUCUUGGAAGGGUUCAGUUUCCCCAGGGCUCUUGCUGGCAUGAUUGCCGUCGUCGCCAUCCAGCGUUUCGUCUUCAAGCUCAUCAUCACCCUCGCUCUCACUCGUGAGUUCAAGGCUGAUACCUCCAACAUCGCCUGGUGGACUGGUAAAUGGUACACCAUGGGUUGGCACACGCUCUCCCAGCCUGGCCGUGAAUUCCUUUGCAAGAUCACCGAGCUCGGUUUCUUCGCUGCCGAUUUCAUUCUGGGACACGUUUUGCUCUUUUUCAUGCUUCCGAUCCUGUUGAUCCCUUACGCCGACAAGUUCCACUCGGUCAUGCUGUUCUGGCUGCGACCAAGUCGUCAAAUCCGUCCUCCUAUCUACUCGCUGAAGCAGACCAAGCUUCGCAAGCGCAGAGUAGUUCGUUACGCGAUCUUGUACUUCGUACUGCUUGUCGUCUUCCUUGCUCUCAUUGUUGGCCCUAUCGUUGCCGGCAAGCAGAUCAAGCUCAGCGUCACGUUGCCCAUGGAGCUCCUCCAACCCACAGGAUACAGCAACAACGACACUUCAAGCACACCAACUGGCACGUGUAUCCAUGGUGCAUGCCCGGUGUACCAGGGUGGCGACUCCGACUCCGGUUCUACGGACGACACUGCCGAAGCUACAGCAACAGAGGCCGCUCGCCGCUUCCGUCGUUACAUGGCGUAUUGA